AUGGUGGAGGAGGUAACUCGUGAGGAAAUCUCUAAAGCCAUCUUUGAUCUUGCCAAUGAUAAGGCUCCUGGUUCGGAUGGCUUCAAUCCUUUGUUCUUAAAAAAAGCGUGGCAGAUCGUGGGUGAUGACAUUGUUAAAGCCAUCCAGAAUUUCUUCAGGUCAGGUUUAAGGCCAACACUUGUGCUGUCCUCACGUUCAGUCAUUCAAGAAUGCUUCACAAAGAAUGAUAUCAUCUUCGCCAACCGUCCACUCCUGCCCUCUAGGAAGAUCUCAACUUACAAUUUCACUACGCUUGGUGGUCAGUAUGGCAACCAUUGGCGCAACCUCCGCCGUUUCUCUGCUCUUGAAAUAUUCUCGGCAAAUCGUCUUCAGAUGUCUUCAAAUGUUCGCGCUGAAGAACUUAGAUUCGUGGUCAAAUACUUGUUCAAAAGCUCCUUCAAAGGGGCUCAGAAAGUGGAUGUUAAAGCGUUUCUCUACAUGUUGGAUUUUAAUAUCAUGAUGAAGAUGAUUGUAGGUGAGAGAUGGUUUCACUUUGAAGAAGAGGAAAUGGAUAUGGAUAUGUCUAAAGCAAAAUUGGAUGAAUUUAUGAAGAUGUUUAGUCCGCCCAUGAUGGCGGCUUUGGGUGAUUAUCUUCCUUUUCUGAGAUGGUUGACAUACUUUGGAGUGGAGAAGAAGAUGCUAAAAGUGCAUAGAAAGAGGGAUGCUUUCUUGCACACUCUACUUGACGCAUAUCGAAAUCCUAACGAUCAAUCUACUUCGGUUCCAAAUAGUGAGAUCAACCAAACAAUUUUAGAUGUAAUGCUGAAGCUUCAGGAAUCAGAACCUGAAUUCUACACUGAUGAUGUUAUCAAAGGAAUUAUGCAGAGUAUGCUAAUAGCAGGAACGCAUACCACGGUGGUCACAAUGUCAUCGAUUAUUUCACAAUUGAUAUCACAUCCUGAAGUGUUUAAAAAGGCAAGGGACGAGAUCGACAAGCAUGUUGGACAAUCCAGGCUACUAAAUGAUGCUGAACUUUCUAAACUUUCAUACCUUCAUUGUAUUAUAAAUGAAACACUCAGACUACAUUCUUCACAAACACUUUUAGCUCCGCGUGAAUCGUCAGAGGAAUGUACAAUAGCAGGAUACAAAAUCCCUCCAGGCACACAAUUGUUAGUAAACGUAUGGGCAGUGCAUAUGGACCCCGAGUCGUGGAAAGACCCUGAUAGCUUCAAACCUAAACGUUUCCUGGAGAGUAAGGAAGAGAAGAGAGGAUAUAAGUUCAUUCCUUUUGGUUCGGGAAGAAGGCAAUGCCCUGAGGAGAGCUUGGCCAUGAGAGUCAUGGCAUUAUCACUGGGGACCUUGAUACAAUGCUUUGAAUGGGAAAAUGCUGAGGAUGAGAAUAAUGGUGCGAUCAAAACCAAUUCGAAGAAGGCAGAGGAUAGGUCUGUAAAGAUCAUAUUUCGACCCCGUGAAUCACUUACUAAAGUUCUUCGUCUACUUUGA